AUGGCUGAAGAUAAUUAUACGUUUGCCUCCGAGUUUAUUCUCCUGGGCUUCACAGACCAAGAAGACCUGCAGGUGAUAUGCUUUAUCUUAUUCCUUGCUAUCUAUGUGGUCACUCUAACAGGAGAUCUGGGAGUAAUUACAUUAAUUAGAUUAAAUUUGUGCCUACACACUCCCAUGUACUUCUUCCUAAGCCACUUGUCUUUUCUGGACAUCUGUUACUCCUCCACAAUCAUCCCUCAAGCCUUGCUGAAUUUUUUAGUGGAGAAGAAGGUUAUUUCCUUCAUUAGGUGUGCCACUCAGCUCUUCUCCUUUGCGACCUGUGCCACUGCAGAGUGCUACGUGCUGGCUGGCAUGGCUUAUGAUCACUACAUGGCCAUUUUUUCCUACUUGUCAGUCCUCUCCACUGUCUUGCAGAUCCACUCCACGUCUGGUUGGCACAAAGCCUUCUCCACCUGUGCCUCUCACUUGGUCUCCAUCAUCUUGUACUAUGGCAGUUCCCUCUUCAUGUACCUGUGCCCCAGCUCCAGGCACUCCAUGGAGCACGACAAGGUGGUCUCCGUGCUGUACUCCAUUGCAGUUCCCAUGCUGAACCCACUUAUCUACAGCCUAAGAAACACAGAGAUGAAGAACACCAUGUGGAAAACAAAAUCCUAUUCUGGAGGAGUGGAUGGUGUUUCAUGGCCAGGAUGUACUGGUGCAGCUGCGUCUGAAAGUCCACUUAUGUUCUCCAAGAGCAUCCAUGGCGUGGACCCAAGUGCCCUAGCAAGGGCCAGGAAGUUUGCUUGA